CAGGGUGCAGGCCUCGCACCAGAGGAGGCAGCGCUGGCAGGAUCAGCUGCUGGGAUGGUCACCCGAGCUCUCAUAAGCCCCUUUGACGUGCUUAAAAUACGAUUUCAGCUACAGAUUGAGCGUGUGUCUUCAAAGAGGCCGGAGGGCAAGUACUGGGGAUUAUUUCAGGCAUCCCACUGCAUUUAUUCAGAGGAGGGACUCUCUGCUUUCUGGAAGGGCCAUAUUCCUGCACAGCUCCUCUCCAUCUGCUUCGGGGCCGUCCAGUUUGCCAGUUUCGAGUUCCUGACUGAGGUGGUCCACAAGAUGACGCCAUAUGACAGCCAGACAGCAGGAGUUCACUUUGUGUGUGGAGGUUUGGCCGCCUGCUCUGCUACAGCGGUCUGCCAGCCUCUGGACACACUGCGGACACGCUUUGCAGCUCAGGGUAACCCCAAGGUAGGACCUGCCGCUGCCCAUAUACUGUAGCUGUCAGAAAGUUUC